AUGAUGUCUGCUUUGCAGAGGUUCGACGUCUACGCCCAGCUUGGCUUCGAGCCCCGUCGUGAUCUGGUUAAUGGCACCGCCCCUGGUAACUCGUGGCACACCGGCGAUGAUUCUCUGCGUGGCUCUGGUAAGCCAUACUUUGUUGCGAAUGGAUACGGUCCCAAGUACCUCAGCUCCAAGUACGGGUACCAGGUCAUUCAGCCUCUGGUCACUAAGCAGUCCCAGGAUGCCGACUACACUCUUUCGACCAUCUCGCUCAGCCGCCAAACUAAGAAAAAUGCGCCCACUUAUGUAUUGUCUGGAGCUGCUGCUUUUGAGGUUGUGGAGGGUGUGCUUAUGAUUCAGAUCGGGGACUAUCCCGUGGCAACUUUAUACACUGGCGAUGUAGCUUUCGUUCCGGUCGGUGUGGCUUUCACUUAUUAUAGCGAAGUGGCAUUUACCAAGGUGCUGUAUGUCAGUAGCGGUAGCGAUGGUGUGGAUUCGCAGCUAAUCAGGGGCGGAAAGCGCUGGAAAUUUGCUACUUUUCCGAAAUACUGA